CGCUCCCGGAUUUCGACGGAGCGGAGCAGCGCAUGUCGGCUGGCGCCAGGUUCGGCGUCAGGCUCUCGUCGAACUGCAGAGCGAGUUCCAUUGUAGUCUUCGCAGGAGUGGGCGACGCCGAUCGGUGGGCAAUCUCGUGUUCAGUGCACGAAGGAAAAUCGCUCGUUGCGCUGCGGAAUAUUCUUCCCGGCGCCCUGCAUUUGAAGGGUUUUGACCAGCUGGGUGUUUUUUGGGACCGCGGAAAAAGGUUGCAAUUGUCGGAGGAGUUUGUUGUUGUCGUUUUGAGGCGUGCGGAGAUUUUCAGUGCUGCGGGAGAUGGAAUGGUUGAUGCUUCUAUGAUUUGGCUGCUGAAUUUAUGAGAAUUUGAAUCCGGGGUGUCGGUUCAAAGGAAGGAAGGAAGGAAGAAAAGUAGGAAGAGGGCGCCCGGGGAAGUGCGCGGUGGAAUGGAUAUAAUGGAGACUGCUCUGCUCGGAUCGGCAUUCGAGUCGCACAGCAGGGUUCCUGGCUUUCUUGACCGCCGCUGUAAUGGUUUUUCGUGCUUCCGUAGAGGUAGCUCAGGUGGUGCAAAUUCUCGUACUUUUAAAGUAGUGGUAUCCCGAGGUGGUGCGGAAUCGUGCCGACGUCAGGUUUUUGCGUCGCAAGUUGCUUUCAAAACUUGCAUUGAACUCCAGAGUGCGUUUUUUGGUACAAGAAGAUAUGAACGGAAGACUUCUGAGCGAACAGCUCAAUUUUCUGCACCCACAUUCUCGACUGGCAGGUGCACAUGGACAGGGGUCAGCAAGGGAGGUUUUGUGACAAAUGCAUUGGCUUCUUCCUUUCCUUCUGUUACUAAGGCCGAGAAAGCCCUGUCUCUGCCACUUGACUACUAUCAGGUCUUGGGAGCUGAAACUCAUUUUUUAGCCGAUUCUAUCGUUCGAUGCUACGAAGCGCGACUUGCACAUCCUCCAAAGGAAGGUUUCAGUCAAGAAGCACUUUUUUCUCGGUUGGAGAUUCUGCGUGGAGCACGUGAUACGUUGGCCGAACCUGAUCUUCGAGGAGACUAUAACCAAGGCCUUGUGGAGGAUGAAGCUGGUACCUUGGUGGUGGACGUUCCUUGGAGUAAGGUGUCAGGUGCACUCUGCCUUCUCCAGGAGGUUGGGGAAAUGGAGGUAGUUUUGCAGGCCGGUCAAUCUUUGUUGGAGGAGCGAUUGCCAAAGACAAUGCGAAGGGACGUUGUGCUAGCUAUGGCACUGGCGUACGUGGAGCUUUCUCGUGAAGCGAUGGCAGAAGCCGUUCCAACCGUCGUUCGUAGUUGUGAUCUCCUGGAGACUGCGCUUAAGCUAUUACAGGAAGAAGGAGGAAGUAGUUUAGCACCAGAAUUGCAGGAACAAAUUGAAGAGACAUUAGAAGAGUUAACCCCUCGGUGCGUUUUGGAGUUGCUCGCUUUUCCCUUAGACAAGGAACAUACCUCACAGAGGGAAGAAGGUCUGCAAGGUUUGCGAAGUAUUUUAUGGGCUGUUGGUGAGGGAGGUGUCUCCGCGCCUAUCAGAGGUUUUACGCGUGAGCAGUUCAUCAAAGAUGCCUUCUCUUACAUGACAUCAUCAGAACAGGUAGCAUUGUGGGAUUCGACUCCAGACAACGUUCCAGCAGAGAGCUUCGAAGUCUAUGCAGUUGCUCUUGCCCAUGUGGCGGAGGGUUUUACUGCGAAAAAACCGGUGUAUGUUGUCAAGGCGGAUGAGCUGUUUUGGCAGUUGCAAGCUUCGUUAGAAUCAGAUGGCGAGCCAGGUAGUCCAUUGGAUCAUAGUCUCGAGAGAGCUAUGUGUUGGCUUUUGAUGGGCGAGGUUGACCAGUCCAUGGCAUGCUUAGGUUUGCAAGACGGUUCAGAGCAGUACCGGGAUCCCGCAGUGAUUGAGUUUGUGUAUGCUCAUUCACAGGGAAGUGAGGAUGGGGAUUUGCUCCCUGGUCUAUGCAAACUUUUGGAGACCUGGUUGGGAGAGGUGGUCUUUCCCACCUUCCGAAACACAGAAAACUCCCAAGUUAGGCUUGGCGAUUACUAUGAUGAUCCUGAGGUCAUAACCAUAUUGGAACAGUGGGAGACAACAGCAGGUGGAUCUUCGACAGCUCUUUCAAGAAUUGGUUCAGCCUUAGACAGUAUCAAAGCAAGCGCCAUACAAACAUUGCAGAAAGUAUUUCCUCGCGGAAAAGGGGCAGAAGUGAAGGAAAAUACCACAACCAGUGCGUUAAGCCUGGGGGUUGAACAGGAUACGGAUUCACCUGAUAAAGAUUAUGAGCAAUAUGGGUACCAUCGUGGAAUAGGAGGUGAAGUAGACGGCUCUGAUAUGUCAGCGCCGUCAGGGUUCGUACCAUCAGCAACCAUGGCCAGUCCAAGGGCUCCUGGAUGGAGUGAAACAGAAGAGAAUGAUGGUUAUCCAUCUGGAGGGAAGACUCUGCCAUCACGGACUGUCGAUCAGGAGGGUUUGUCAUUAGUUCAGAUAGCCUGCUCUGGCAUAGUUUUUGGGGCUCUCGUCAUGACUGGAUUGAAGGUAUUGCCCUUGUGGUCUGGUUCUUCUAAGUUUGGCGCCAACGCACCAGCUGCUACGACGUCUCCCGUUUCAUCAGGGGUGGUCGAGGAACGGCAGGUGAAGGAAGUGACCAAGAUGGACGCAAGACUAGCAGAGGCGAUGGUCCGUAAAUGGCAAAUGGCUAAAGCCCGUGCUCUGGGCUCCAGCCAUUCAGUCUCGCACCUGUCGGAGGUCUUGGAGGGAAAGAUGCUUGAUAGCUGGACAGACCGUGUGAAUGAAGUCGCAAGGAACGGCUGGUUUUGGGAGUACAGGCUUGUGGGUCUGAACAUCGACAGCGUGACUGUGAGCGAAGAUGGUAGAAGAGCAAUUGUGGAAGCAACUUUGCAGGAAGCCGCACGCCUAUUCGAUAAUAAGAACCCAGAGCACAAGGAUUCAUACAGGAGCACGUACACUACGAGGUACGAAUUCCAGCAUGGAGAAAAAGGGUGGAGAAUUACGGGUGGAGUGGUACUGCGAUCAUAAGCAACUCAGGAAAGAAGAUUUGGACAUGCUAAAGGGCAGAAGAUGUACUUAGAAUUUUUGUUUUUUUACAAGCUGGGGAGGUGUUCAAGGAAGUGCACACCUACUCGAAGAAAAUGGCUGAGGGAAGCUAGGAUCACAGUCUUGGUCGUUGGUGGUGAAUUAUUUCAGAAGAGGAAUUGAUUAUUCCCUCAGCCUGAAGGUAAUUGACGAGCGGAAGCUGUUGUUGAGAAGUGUGGCCCUUGCUUUUGAGCUUCCCGUCUCGGCUGUAAAUUAACGAGGUAACUUUUUCAGGGGUUCCAGGGGGUAAACUAUCUGAAGGUCCAUCCGUCUCGAGGUGUUAGUUGACAUACAUGGAGUUGCACAUAAUUUUUUGGUCGGGUUGAAAGUCCACUUAGGGGAAGUCAACGAUUAUGUAUAUUACUGAUUAUUUGUUCGUUGAGGAGAGUUAAUUUUUAAGCUGCUUAUGUCAACACUAUUCUGCUGAGAGGGUAUGUCUUCUCUUGAGCCAGCGUAACUGUACCAUGUGUUUUCUGAGCUUUUAUUUAUCGGGCUUCUCGAUGUAAAAAAUUAGACCUUAUUUCGUCAAAAUAUACCUUUCUUAUCUGUUUCUAAGCGGUAAUGCCUCGAGAUUGAUUUUGAGUUCGGUAGUGGCUGUUUUUUGAAGCCUGUCGAUGUCAAUAUUUACGACAACAGUAGGUGGAAAUGGGUACCAAGACAUUUCCAUUGUACAAUCCUGGAUUCCAAUUUGGACUGGCUCGUCGUCGUUCUCAAGCUCACGGGGAAUUUGAAUGGUUCAGUCCUCGAUCUUUUUGCUAUCCACUCGAAUACGUUAAGAUCAUGUGUCAUAUGUGUAUCGAAACUCCUAUAUGGUGGCAAGUAAGUUGUAACACCUGAACAAUGGAGCAAAUAGUAGAGGGUAUGGGUUUUAGAUAUGGAGUAUGAAGCCAGGGCAUUCCAGACCUCUGGUUCAUAAGGG